AUGGGCUUCUCCAAGGACCGGCGCCAGCACCGCCGGCAGCCGUCUUGGCUGCGGAUAGCCACCGCAGGCAACAGCCCGUACGCAGGCAGCACGCGGAGCGAGCAGUCUCCCUGGUCGUCAACCCAGUACACGUUCGCUGCCGCAGAGGCGAGCGCGUUCGAGGACAUGGCAUCUCCCACCACGCUCGACGAGAUUGGCUAUGCGAAGAAGAAUGACGGCUGGCUCGAGGAGGCCCCAGUUAAUGCGGUGAAAUCCGCCCCCACAUUUGCUACUUCCGGGCUGGACAAGUACUAUCGCCCCGUCGAGGGCUAUGAGGGCAUGCAUCGCUACGACCCCGACUUUGAGUGGGAACCCGAGGAGGAACAGCGGGUUGUGCGCAAGAUCGAUAAGCGAAUCUGCGCCUGGGUGUGUAUCAUGUUCUUUGCACUGCAGCUGGACCGAGGGAACAUUGUCCAGGCCCUCUCGGACAACAUGCUCGAUGACUUGGGCCUCACCACCAACGACUACAACUACGGCCAGACCAUCUUCUACAUCAGCUUCCUCCUCGCCGAGCUGCCCUCUCAGCUCAUCUCCAAGUGGAUGGGCCCCGACCAUUGGAUCCCGCUCCAGAUGGUCUCCUGGAGCGUCAUUGCCAGCAUGCAAGCCUUCAUCUCCGGCCGCAAGUCGUUCUUCCUCACCCGCUGUCUUCUUGGCGCUCUCGAAGGCGGCUUCGUUCCCGAGCAGAUCCUCUACCUGAGCUACUGGUACACCAGCUCCGAAAUGCCCACCCGCCUCUCCUGGUUCUGGGUCUCCUCCAAGGCCACCGACAUGUCCUCCGCUUUCAUCGCCUACGUGCUGCUCCGCCUGCGCGGCUUCUUCGGCGCCGCUGGCUGGCAAUGGCUCUUCUUCCUCGAAGGCCUGCUCACCGGUGUCAUUGGCGUCUUGUCGUGGUACUACCUUCCGCCGGGACCAACCCAGACGGCCAGCCCAUUCCGCGGCGAAGACGGAUGGUUCACCCCACGCCAAGAGAAGAUCAUGGUCAACCGCGUGCUGCGCGACGACCCGUCCAAGGGCGACAUGCACAACCGCCAGCCCAUCACGCCGCAGAUGCUGUGGGAGUGCCUGGCCGACUAUCACAUGUGGCCGCUGUACCUACUCGGGCUGACGGCCUUCGUGCCUCAGUACCCCAUGACGGCGUACCUGACGCUGCAGCUGCGCGAAAUCGGCUUCGACACCUUCGACACCAACCUGCUCGCCGUGCCACCCAUGUGUCUGUACAUCAUCCAGCUCCUGUUCUGGACUUGGCUGUCCGAGAAGCUCAACGAGCGCUUCUUGCUGGCCACCGUAGGCCAGCUGUGGAGCUUGCCGCUUCUGCUCGCCUUGCUUGCGCUGCCCUUGGCUGCGCCGGCGGGGCUGCGCUACGUGCUCAUUGCGUUCCUGGUCGGGUUUCCUUAUGUGCAUGCGAUCCUGGUGGCAAAUACGAGCCGCAAUGCAGGAACAGUGCGGACUCGGACAGUGGCAUCGGCUCUGUACAACAUGUGCGCUCAAGCUGACAAUAUCAUCGGGUCGAAUAUCUACCGCGAGGAUGACAAGCCUCUAUACCUCCGCGGCAACAAGGUUCUGAUAUUCUUCUGCAUCUUCAACAUCAUUGUGUUUGUCGGCACAAAAUAUUUCUACGUGAAUGUCAACCGCGAUCGUGAAGCCAAGUGGGAUGCUAUGAGCCACGACGACAAGGAGAUUUACCUUGCCACAACCCGGGAUAAAGGGAACAAACGCCUAGACUUCCGUUUCGCGCAUUAG